UCAAAUGCCGCACAACUCACCAUACUCCCACUCUCCUGCCAUGGUGCACAGACACAGGUGGGACUCUCGUUUGCCUCUGCGUGAUGCAUGCAUGUAUCGUAUGUUGAGUGAGUACCUUCGAUGACGCGGCCUCUUGGGUAUCUCACGCGGCCUUGGCCAUGCAGCCGACCUUUGACAAAACUUCCCUCCAUUGUGGUGCCGUCCGGCUUGCACAGCACACCUCGACCCUCUGGCACGCCGCGACGCACCGUGCCUGUGUGGGUACGCAGCCAGGAUGUCAAUCUUUUUGCAGUGGUGUUGCACCAUCUGGACGGACGUUGUGACCAUGCACUGCACCCACCUUCAUAGAAUGACCCUUCCGGCAGCAUGCCCCGGCCGCCUGCCGUCCACAUGAAACCGUCCCGGAUCGACCCAUCGAAUCUGAUCCAUUUCAAGACGCAAACACACAGCGGGACGGACGGAGACUGAUGAAGCCUCGCCGCUUCGCAUUCGUUCUCCUGCCCUGGUUACCCGAGGCCCGUCACAGGGUCGAAGACACGACCAGAGCCGGAAUUGGGACGCCUGAUGGCAGUGAACACACAAGAGUGAUGGACACACAAUCGAUGAAGCCGGCCACUGACGCUCCCCUUGCCCGUCGCAUACCAGUCCUUCCAGUCUCCCGUGAAGCUGACCUCGUGGUCAUACAAGCCGGGCAAAUUGCCUAUGAACAGAGAUGAACACAGACACACCACCACUCGUAAGAGCAUCCAUCUCGCACGGCAAGCGUGCCACCCCUUGUACCUGAGCCUACCUGAGGGGCUGUAUCUGAUGAUUGCGGGCCCGCCCCCGUACUGCAUGAGGUAGAACUCCCACAGUGGCUGUGGCAGCACUGACGUCGGUGACAAGCGCAUGAGCAUGCAUCCACAAACAAAACACAUGAUAUGGCCAGCUUUGUACUCGCAAAGGCAGUGUGUUUCCUGCCGGCCUUACCGUGGAAGUCUCCGUCUUUGAUGCCCUCCUUGAGGUUGGUCCGCAACUGGCCGUCAAGCUCAAACAGCUGCGGGAAGCCACACACACACACACAGAGCGAGAAUGAUAGGUAGGUGUGUUUGGUAUGGCUUGGUAUUCACAUACAUCCAGGUUCGAUAUCGGUCCAGGGGGACGGUCACGGACAUCCUCAAUCUGACAGACACAUUAUGCGAGUCGUUGGCUCUUCCGUCCAUGGCCAUGGAUGCCCGCAUACCAUUUUGCCGACGCCCACGAAGCUUCGCCACAGCCGCAGCCAUCGGGCGCUGAUCACAAACCCGAAACUGAGGCACGGAAGCACACAUACACACACACACAGAGAACCAUGCGCAAGUCAGAAACCCAUCGGUUCGUGCAGCGCGCUGACCAUCCUCCGAUCCACCAGAGCGGCCGUAGCUCUUGGCACCGCCGCUCCAUGUCCUGCGCCUUCUUCAGCUCCUCCUUGCGCCGCAUCGACAGAUAGAUCUGACGCUCUUCGGACGUCAUGCCAGCCACCGCUAUGCUCCACUGCAGCAAUGCAGCCAACCAACAUGCACAAGGACAACAGCUUGACGGUCAGCUAUCCCUUUCCUUAGAGAUCUCACCUUGUCCUGGCCAUCGAUUUUGCUCCUCUGCGGUGCGCCAGCGCCCUCCCCCUCUCCCCUCUCUCCCUCUUCGCCCCGCCCCUUGCUGUCCCGCGGCCAUAUCGGCUCCACCACACACACGCGGGAGUGCUUGUCGAUGUCCGACAGCUCCACCCUCUGUCCGCACACCGAACACUUGACGCGCGAGUACCGCUCCAGCUCCUCCUCGCUGUAUCCAUCAGUGGCCGGCGAGGGAUCUGCAGGGGGCAGCACCGUCGUGCACGGCAGCAGCAGGCCCUUGCUGGCGUUGGCAGGGCUGAUGGGGGAGGGGGAGGGCACGUGCGAAACGCAGUCGCCGGUGGGGGCGAGAGGCUUGUGCGGCGGGGCGCGCCGCCUCCGUCUGGACGGGGAGACCUCCUCGUCGCUGACCGAGCCCCUGACAUAGUCGUGUGAGUGGCUGGUGGUGGUCAGGCUCUCCCACAUUGACACCGAGCGGCGGUAGACGGGGGAGCUGCCAUUCAUCGCAUCUCUGGCGAUCUCUGCAGGGGCCGGGGAGUGGUCGGGCGACGCUGCACAUGGGGAGCCGUCACUCUGCUCGUGCUGGCUGGUCCCACUGUGCCGAAUCUCCUGGCCGUCUUCGUCCUUAUCGUGGUGGGCCGGCGAUGCAAUCGGGCACUCGAGCAGAGAGCCGGUGGAGCCGCCGUUCGAGGAUGAUGAAGACCCAGAGCCCGAGUACUCGGUCGACAUGGACGCGUGGUUGUGAUGAUGUGCCUGGUAUCCCCGCCUCAAAUCGUCGCUCGCCGGCUUGUCAUCAUCCUCCCGCAGCCGUGAGACCCACUGGAUGGUGCAGCUGUCGUUCUCAUCGACAUGUCCGCCCUCCCACUUCUCGCAGGCUCUGUCGAGGGCCCUGGGGGAAAGGCAGCCAUAGUGCUCCCUCUCUGCCUCCAUGAUCAAAGUGCAGCUGUCGGUAUCUCCUUCACACCGCCGCAGUAAGGGCAU